AUGGCUGUCACAACUAGCACAGCUAGUACAGGGUCUACAGCUACUACAGCUAACACAGCUAGUACAGAUAGUACAGCUAAUACAGCUAAUACAGCUAUCACUACAGCUAACACAGCUAGUACAGGGUCUACAACUACUACAGCUAACACAGCUAGUAUAGCUAGUACAGGAUCUACAGUUACUACAGUUAACACAGCUAGUACAGCUAGUACAGGGUCUACAGCUAUUACAGCUAUGCUGACAUGA